AAUUUUGUGCCAAUUUGUGGAAUCGAGUUAAGAAGCAUAAAUUUGAAUUGUAAUUGGAAUUAUCUUUAAGAAUAAAUACAAUAAUAAAAAUAUGGCACAAAACUUAUAUUCACCUUUUCAAUGCAAUGUUUGCCUCAUGCUAGAAGUAUAUCAAAACUCAGGCAGCCAAAACAUCACCUCCGAAGCUCCUUCCAAAAAAUUCUCAGAUCUGUUAACAUGUGCCGGUUGUAAUUUGGCCAACUACUGUAACAAAUCUCAUCAAAAAAUCGAUUGGCCACUACAUGCAGACCUUUGUACAGCAAUACAGAAAAUAAAGAAAAAGCUACAAAUUUCUCAUCCGCUUUUGAUUAGAGAUCAACAGCCUCCAAAAUCCUACUCAGAUAUUGAAUUAAUUAUAAUAAAAUUAAAAUACUUGAUUACCUGCAUAUUGAAAAGGCCACUGGAACAUCAUGAAGAGGAAAUAACCUCGCAUUUGCAAUUUUGUCCCAUAUGCUAUAGUUAUAAGAAUUUGAAGUUCUUGUGUUUGGAAUGUAAAAGUCAAACUUACUGCAGUGCAGAACAUUUGGAGGCCCACCGUGUGGAGCAUAUGAAGAUAUGUGACACAUUGGAUUUGUAUUAUACUCCCUAUAAAACUUUGCCACUUGCUGAAGAUUUCGAAUUGUCAUUAAAACAAAAUGUUGAGGACUUUCAAAACUGUGAUCUGGUGCAAGCAUUUGAGUCUGCCUUUGAGUGUAAGCUGUCUGCUAAACCUACGCGGAGCCGAGAAGACUAUCAAUUAUUUGCCUAUGCUUCAAGUUUCAGUUGUAUUUUCACCAUUUGCUAUGGGCUAUGUCAACUGGACAUGACUGCUUAUAAAAGCUCCCGAUUUGUCAUAUUUAUUGUUGGGGCCUCAAUGGAAGCUCAAUUGUGGUUCAAGGCCAUACAUUGUCAGUUCUUUUUUCAUCAGUAUUCCCAAAUACAAGAAUUGGAUUUGUAUUUCAUUGGCCCGGAAGUAGUUGAACCUCCUUAUAACAUUAUAAAAUUUCAAUAUAAGGGAAUUCAACGUACAGUCAACUUUCAUUGCCACAAAGAAUAUUUUCAAAAUUUUCGCCAGCAUAACUCCAUGAAGGCACAGCUAAUUGUGGCUUUUAAUUGUGGAUUUUCUGAGUAUUCAAGAGAAAGUGACUCAGAGUCAGCGUCAAAUUGUGAAUCAGAGUUGGAGCAGCAAAAGCAGCUGGAGAAAGAUGAUACUAUAAAGAGUGAUACUUGGUAUUUUGGUCUUUUAGAAAUACUAAAUAGUUUUAGUUCCCUAGUUAUAUUCACCUCAUUUACUAAAUUGGAAGCUGGUUUUGAUUUUGCUGCUCUCACAAAUGUUUGCCAAAUUCAACCCUUGAAAGUUUCCAUUGAGCGUGUCAUUGCAAUUUCGCAAAAUCCAUUUAGAGAUCUACGGCCCCAUAGGCAUUGGUAUGAAAAUGAUCAUGAGAGGAUAUUCUAUCGCAAUGGUUACAUACAGGCAAUAACUACCAAAAUAGAGUAAGUCUGAAAGAUUUUUUUUAAUUCAACUCUAAGGUGUAUUCUAUGAAUUUAGAUAUUUUUUUUAGUUUUGUUACUUAUUAUUAUUUUUAUAAAUCGGUUUCAGUUAUUUUAGCUGGAAAUGGAUUCAGAUGUUUUUUUUUUUUUUUUUGUUUUUCCCUUACUAUAUAAACACAUGACUAUUAUAUCAUAAAACUAAUUUUUCCCAUAAUUUCAUAUAACUAAGUCUUAGUUUUUA